GGCCUGUGCGUAAGAAAAAAUGUAUGAACAGCAGGCUUUUUGAUUGGUUUAGAGUUUUCUGUGAGGUAGGAUAUAUGAGAAAAUUGAGGGAAGCUACCGAUUUUCAAAGUUUGAAUUCAAGCCAAAAGAAUCAAACAAGAAAACAGAUUAGAUUGUGAGAGAGAGAAAGAGGGGUGCUUUCUUUUUCUUUUUCUUUUCUUUAGGCCCUCUGUUGUCUCCUUCUUUGGUAUCAUCAAAUAGAGGUUUAUGAUCCUUUAAGACAAAAGGUUUAGACAUUUAAAAGAGCCUUCUUUGUUUUUGAUUUCUAGUUUUGAAGAAGGCUCUGAUUUGGGGGGUUUUUUUAAUUUUCUUCUUCUUUGUUUCUUGUUUUGCUUGUUGGUUUUGUGAAAAUGAUAAGGUGGUGGGUAUCUGCUCUGCAAUUAACAGAGCUAUUUGUUAGUGUUGCAGUUCAUCUGCUAUAUGGCUUGUACAUAUUUAGCUCAGCUGUAGCUGGUGAUUUCUCACAGACUAUGUACGGAUGGUUUUUCAAGCCUAAUAUGAACCUUGUAGUGAAAGAGGACGAACCCAGAGGGACAUCAAAAUCCACCACAAAUGGUGAUGACUUGCCUCCUAUUGUGUUGGUCCAUGGAAUCUUUGGAUUUGGCAAAGGGAGAUUGGGAGGUUUAUCAUAUUUCGCAGGGGCUGAGAAGAAAGAUGAGAAGGUUCUGGUGCCUGAUUUAGGGUCCUUAACCAGCAUAUAUGAUAGGGCUCGCGAGUUGUUCUAUUAUUUGAAAGGCGGACAAGUUGAUUAUGGUGAAGAACACAGCAAAGCUUGUGGGCAUUCUCAAUUUGGACGAAUUUAUGAACAAGGGCACUAUUCCGAAUGGGAUGAGGAUCACCCAAUCCACUUUGUUGGGCAUUCCGCUGGAGCACAAGUUGUUCGAGUUCUGCAGCAAAUGCUUGCAGACAAGGCUUUCAAGGGGUAUGAGAACACUUCUGAGAACUGGGUAUUAAGCCUCACAUCCUUAUCUGGAGCCUUCAAUGGGACUACAAGAACAUACUUAGAUGGGAUGCAGCCAGAAGAUGGCAGAACAAUGAAACCGAUAUGUCUCCUUCAAAUCUUGCGCUUAGGAGUGAUAAUUUAUGACUGGCUUGACAUAGGCAUGCUCAAGGAUUAUUACAAUUUUGGAUUUGAUCACUUUAACAUGACAUGGAAGAAAAUGGGAAUUUUGGGUCUUUUUCAUUGCCUUUUGGGAAAUACUGGUCCAUUUGCAUCAGGAGAUUGGAUACUUCCUGAUCUUACGAUUCAAGGGUCUAUGCAACUCAAUUGUCAUCUUCAAACAUUUCCCAAUACAUACUAUUUCAACUAUGCUACAAAGCGCACUACAAAAAUAAUGGGUUUCACAGUUCCUUCAAGCAUCUUUGGAAUCCAUCCAUUGCUUUUCAUAAGAGUGUUGCAGAUGAGCCAAUGGAGUUUUCCUCCAGAUGUCUCUCCCCCUUACAAAGGAUACAGGGAUGAGGAUUGGCAUGAGAAUGAUGGAGCUCUUAACACCAUAUCCACAACCCACCCUCGUAUUCCAAUUGAGCAUCCAAGCUGUCACAUUACAAAUGAUUCUGAGUGUCUACCCCUGCAAUCAGGAAUCUGGUACUACAAGAUUGUGGAAGCAGAUCAUAUCUUCUUCAUUGUUAACAGGGAAAGAGCAGGAGUUCAAUUUGAUCUCAUAUAUGAUAGCAUUUUUGAACGUUGCAGAAAACAUGUAUUUAGGAAGACUCCACAAAAUCUACCGAAUGAAGCACACCCCAACCAAUAGUUAAAAGUCUGCUACUCUCACCAGUCACCUUACAACAAUAAGAGAUACGAAAACAUUUAAAAAGGGAAAAGGGAAAAAGAAAAGAAAAGAAAAGAAGAGAAGUAUGACAUUGCUUAGGCACUCCAUUCUUUAAAAUCAUCAAAAUUUGCAUUGGUAAUAGUCUCUCAAUCCUUUCUGUUUCUUUGUAAAUGCAAAUUUUUCAUCAAGGGAUUACUAUUUGGGCAAUGUUAACCCAGUCUAGUUCUUGAAAAUUCCCUUAGCUCUGUUCUUCUGCAAUCUUGUUUUGCUCUUUCUGCCUUUUGCUUUUCUUUUCUUUUCUUUUCUUUUCUUUUUCCAGACUUGCUAGAGAUGUCAACAGAUUAGAUUCUAUGUUAGAUUUUCUUAGGCCUGCUAGUGUUGGUUGGUUCAUGUGGUUCCUUUCUUUUUUUGGAAUACAAUUAGUUAAUGUAAUCUUCUUCUUCUCUAUUUACAACCUUUAACUAUAUAAUUCUUGAAAUAGUAA